AUGCCAGCCCGCAAGGGGCUGUUAGCGCCCCAGAACACAUUCCUGGACACAAUUGCCACACGCUUCGAUGGCACGCAUUCGAAUUUUGUGCUCGGCAAUGCGCAGGCAAAUGGCAAUCCAAUUGUUUAUUGCUCGGAUGGGUUCGUGGAUUUGACAGGAUAUUCACGCGCGCAAAUUAUGCAAAAGGGCUGCUCAUGUCAUUUCCUUUACGGGCCGGAUACAAAGGAGGAGCACAAGCAGCAAAUUGAGAAAAGUCUUUCAAAUAAGAUGGAACUUAAGUUGGAAGUUAUUUUCUACAAAAAGGAAGGUGCUCCCUUUUGGUGUCUGUUUGACAUUGUGCCCAUCAAGAAUGAGAAGCGCGAUGUGGUGCUUUUCCUGGCCUCGCACAAGGACAUCACGCACACCAAGAUGCUGGAGAUGAAUGUGAACGAGGAAUGUGAUAGCGUUUUUGCCCUUACAGCUGCACUCCUGGGCGCUAGAUUCCGUGCCGGCUCCAAUGCCGGCAUUCUGGGCCUGGGCGGCCUGCCCGGCCUGGGCGGACCGUCGUCUGGUGAUGGCGGCGAUACGGAUACCGGUGAGGGUAAUAAUUUGGAUGUGCCCGCCGGCUGUAAUAUGGGAAGACGUCGCAGUCGUGCGGUUCUAUAUCAGCUAUCCGGUCAUUACAAGCCCGAAAAGGGCGGGGUCAAAACCAAAUUGAAGCUGGGCAAUAACUUUAUGCAUUCAACCGAGGCUCCAUUUCCCGAAUACAAAACGCAGUCGAUAAAAAAGUCACGCUUGAUUUUACCCCAUUAUGGUGUAUUCAAAGGCAUCUGGGAUUGGGUCAUAUUGGUGGCCACCUUCUAUGUGGCAUUGAUGGUGCCCUACAAUGCGGCAUUUGCCAAAGCGGAUCGCCAGACCAUGGUCUCCGAUGUAAUUGUCGAGGCGCUAUUCAUUGUCGAUAUUUUAUUGAACUUUCGCACAACCUUUGUCUCGCGCAAAGGUGAGGUCGUAUCCAACUCUAAACAGAUUGCCAUCAAUUAUUUCCGUGGCUGGUUUGCCCUGGACUUAUUGGCCGCCCUGCCCUUUGAUCAUCUAUAUGCCUCCGAUUUGUACGACGGCGAGGAAUCACACAUUCAUCUUGUCAAAUUGACGCGUUUGUUGCGCCUGGCCAGGCUAUUGCAAAAAAUUGAUCGAUAUUCACAGCACACGGCCAUGAUUCUGACGCUUCUGAUGUUUUCAUUUACGCUGGCGGCGCACUGGCUCGCCUGCAUCUGGUAUGUCAUCGCCGUAAAGGAGUACGAGUGGUUUCCCGAGAGUAACAUUGGUUGGCUGCAGCUGCUGGCUGAGAGAAAAAAUGCCUCUGUUGCCAUACUAACAACGGCUGAGACUUACUCGACAGCGUUGUAUUUCACAUUCACCAGCCUCACCUCUGUGGGCUUUGGUAAUGUGUCGGCGAAUACAACGGCCGAGAAGGUUUUCACCAUUAUAAUGAUGCUGAUUGGCGCUCUGAUGCAUGCUGUAGUCUUCGGUAAUGUGACGGCCAUCAUACAACGCAUGUAUUCACGUCGCUCCCUUUAUGAGAGCAAAUGGCGGGACCUGAAGGAUUUCGUGGCCUUGCAUAAUAUGCCCAAAGAGCUGAAGCAGCGCAUUGAGGACUACUUUCAAACUUCAUGGUCACUCAGCCACGGCAUCGAUAUCUACGAGACGCUGCGCGAAUUUCCGGAGGAGCUGCGUGGCGAUGUCUCCAUGCAUCUACAUCGUGAAAUAUUACAGCUGCCGAUAUUCGAGGCUGCCUCACAGGGCUGCCUGAAAUUGUUGUCACUGCACAUAAAGACGAACUUUUGUGCACCCGGCGAAUAUCUGAUACACAAAGGCGAUGCACUUAACUAUAUAUAUUAUCUGUGCAAUGGAUCCAUGGAAGUGAUCAAGGACGACAUGGUUGUUGCCAUUUUGGGCAAGGGCGAUCUCGUGGGCUCGGACAUAAAUGUGCAUCUGGUUGCCACCAGCAACGGACAAAUGACCGCUACCACAAACAGCGCUGGCCAGGAUGUUGUCGUACGCAGCAGCAGCGACAUAAAGGCGCUCACCUACUGCGAUCUGAAGUGCAUACACAUGGGCGGUCUGGUGGAGGUGCUCCGACUAUAUCCAGAGUAUCAGCAGCAGUUUGCGAAUGACAUACAGCAUGAUCUGACAUUCAAUUUGCGUGAGGGCUACGAAAAUCAAGAAUCGGACAUUGGACCCACAUUUCCGUUGCCCAGCAUCAGUGAGGAUGAUGAGAAUCGUGAGGAGGCCGAUUGCAAUGGCGAACAGGAUAAGGAGACUCCAGCUGCUGUUGGCGGCAUUGCAGGCGGUCCUCUAGCAACAUCAGCAUCGCCUUCGCCGCAUCACAGCAUCACACGGUCGCCGCUGCUGGGCAUGAAUAGUCCGCGUCAUCAACGAUUGCAUCAGCGUGGACGCUCCUUGAUAACCCUGCGGGACACAAACAAACGACAACGUCCACUGAACAUGGCUAGCAGCUUGGAUCGCAACUCCUUUGAGGAGGUGGAGCCCCCAAUUGAGGAGGAGUCAGGCAAACGUCCCUCGCUGGAGCGUCUCGACUCACAGGUGUCCACACUGCAUCAGGAUGUCGCCCAGCUAAGCGCUGAGGUGCGCAAUGCAAUUAGCGCGCUGCAGGAAAUGACUUAUUCAUCCGCUGCCAUGAGUUCGCAUGGUUCGCUCAAAUUUCCACCGGCGCGUUCCAUUCCCAACAUCAGUGGGGUUGCGGCCGCACGGGCUGGCCUGGGUUUGGCUGGCGGCGAUGUGCCGCUAAUGGGCGGCACUUUGGCCAUGGGCAUGGUUAACGAGGCGGCGGCCUUGCAGCGCAGCUCCUCGCAUCCGCCCGAGGUGUGGGGACGUGAAAUGCAGCUGCCGCCCAUGGCCACAGCGACCAGCUCAAAGGCCGCCUCGCCGGCCAGCGUGGAGCCAGCCACACCGAAGACGAGUCGCAGCUGUCAAACGGAUUUCUAUCGCAUCGAUUUUCCCACCUUUGAGCGCUUUGUGCUGGCCAAUCCGCGCCUGGUGCUGGGCCUGCUGGGCAUUGAGCCGGCCAUUAAGAAUGAAAUUGAGCUCUUGCAGCAGAAGCAAGUGCUGCAAAUCUCGCCACUUAAUACCAUCGAUGAGUGCGUCUCGCCGCUGGCAACGGAGCCCAGCUUGAGCAGCUCCAAGGAACGUUUGCCGCCGCCGCCGGCAACUGGACGCAUCUAUCCGCCGCUGGAUGAUGAGAACUCCAAUGAUUUUCGCUGGACCAUGAAGCAUUCCGCCAGUCAUCAAAGCUGUUGCAAGAGCACCGAUGCAUUGCUAACGCCUGAGGAGCCGCCCGCAGGCCAGGAGCUGCUCCAGGAGCAGCAACAGCUGCAACCACAGCAACAACAACAACAGCCGCAGCAGCAGCAGCAGCUGCACCGCAGCAAACGCGGCAUGCGUCGCAGCGGCAGCGGUGGCAGCAACUCUAGCCUUUCCAGCAGCAGCUCCGGCUCCAACUGUCUCGUGUCGCAGAGCACCGGCAAUCUGACCACCACCAACGCCUCGGUGCACUGCAGCAACAGCAGUCACAGUGUGGCAAAUACGCGACGCGCUUCCUGGAAGCUGCAGAAUUCGCGUAGCGGCGAGUAUCGACGCCUGUCUGAGGCAAAUGCCGAGUACUCGCCGCCGGCAAAGAUACCUGUGCCCGUGCCAGCUGCCAGCGUGGCCAGCUAUGGCCUGGACGAAGAGGAGAGCAUUGAGCUCCUUGGGCCCAGGCGUGGCUCGCGCAGUGCCAUUCGGUUUUUGUUAGGCGUCAACCAGAGCCAGGCACAGGGCCAAAGCCUGGGACACACCAUGAAUUUUCGCUUUUCCGCCGGCGAUGCGGAUAAAUUGGAGAAGGGCUUGCGUGGUUUGCCAUCCACACGUUCAUUGCGCGAUCCCAACGCAAAGUAAGCGAGAAGUGGGGGCUGCGGGGCUGCAUUGUUUAUGCUGGGCGUUUUGUUUUGGCAGCUGGCAAUUGGGCUGAAAGUUGGGAAGGUGAGGGUGGCUUUUGGUUUCCAUGAGGGUGGGCUGUGGCUUCAAGGUUGCCAAACGUGGGCAGACGUGUGUGGAUUCAUUU